AAUUAUCAUAUUGUCCACUAAACAGUGUCCAAAAACCCCCAUUUAAAUAAUAGAUCCUAUUGUGUUUUAAAAGGAAAACAAUGUUGUGAUUGUCUUGUGCACUUCUCCUGAAAACAUCAACCUAUUUUUCUUCCCAUCUCUAAUUCACUGACUUUCCUGAGAAACAAACAAAAUGGGAAGGGCUCCUUGUUGUUCUAAGAUAGGGUUGCAUAGAGGGCCAUGGACUGCUAGAGAAGAUGCAUUGCUUACGAAGUAUAUUCAGGCUCAUGGAGAAGGCAAUUGGAGAUCUUUGCCUAAGAAAGCUGGGUUGCUAAGAUGUGGGAAGAGUUGCAGGCUAAGGUGGAUGAACUAUCUUAGACCAGAUAUCAAGAGAGGGAACAUCACCCCUGAUGAGGAUGACCUAAUUAUCAAAAUGCAUGCCCUCUUGGGCAACCGAUGGUCUCUUAUCGCUGGAAGGCUACCGGGUCGAACCGAUAAUGAGAUCAAGAACUACUGGAACACCCAUCUUAGCAAAAAGCUUAGAAGACAAGGAACAGAACCCAAUGCCCACAAAAAAUUAUUGGAUUCCGACCCCAACCUACAAGAAGAACCAAAGAAGAGGAGGAGGAAUAGCAACAAAAAGCAGAACAAGUUUAAAUCCAAUGUUUUAGUGAGUGAAAAGGUCAAAGCUCAUAACCCAAAGCCCAUUAGGAUCAAGUCUUCGAGAAAUUUCUCAAUGUCAAGAAAUUGUAGUUUUGAUUGGACUCCUACUUCAAGCCUUGAGGGAGAUCAUAGAGUAGUACUUGGCACAGAAGUUGAAGAUGUUCCAUGGUCUAGUCUCCAAGAGGAUGGUGAUCAUGAUCAUGGUAAUGGGGUUAGCUUUCUUAUUGGUGGUGAUGAUCAAGAUCAAGAACAAGACCAUGAUCUCAUUUAUGGUUCAGAGUCUUCAGACCUCAUCAAAUGGCAGUCUCAAUUACCAAUGUUUGAUCACACCCUAGAAAAGCUCUAUGAGGAGUAUCUACAACUUCUCAAGGCAAAAGAUGAUGACCAAGUUCAUGAUGAGUUUGAUUCCUUUGCUGAAUCUUUGUUGAUCUGAUUGGAAAAUAAUAAUAACAAUAACAAUAAUAAUAAUAAUAAUAAUAAUAAUAAUAAUAAUUAGUGAUUUUGAGAUUUUGGGUAGGAAAUGUCGAGAACCUUGUCCUUCACGUCAACUUUAAUUAACUCUAAUCUCGUCAAGUUUAUUUUAUUAUUUUAUUUACAACAAAUUUUUUUUUUC